AUGUAUCCCUCCGCCGCUCUGCGAAUGUUCCGCCCCACGGGUCGUAUGAUGCGACCUGUUCCUAAAGAGGAGCAAGCCGCCCACACGGUCUCGCAGAGACUCCGCCGCCUUCGUCGCAUCCCGCCUGAGCUUCUGCCCCUCGGCGUUGUCGUUGGCUUUGCCCUCUGCGCCGCCGUCUUCUCCAGCACGCGACACUUCAUGGUCGACAAGACCAUUCGCCUCAAGCGCCAGAACCGUGCUGCGGACAACGCUGCCCACGGUGCUGAGCACUCCGCGGAGCACUCUGCCGAGCACUGA